UGGUUAAGGCCGCGGCUCCCAGCGGGCAGCGGCGAGGAGCGCGCUCUCCUUGGGGCUGCGGGGAGGACGCCAAGGCCGCCCUGCACUGGCCAUGGCCGCCGCCGCGCCGCCACCGCCCCCCGAGGGCUCGCCCUGGCCCCUGAGUCUCCUGCCCGCGCCCCUGGGGCUGCUGAGGCUGGACCCCACCGGCGGCGCGCUGUUGCUGCUCGGCCUGGCCGCGCUGCUCGGGUGGAGCUGGGUGAGGCGGUGCCGGCCACCGGGCAUCCCUCCCGGGCCCACGCCCUGGCCGGUGGUGGGCAACUUCGGCUUCGUGCUGCUGCCGCCCUUCCUCCGCGGGAGGAGCUGGGUCAAGUUCGGGAAGCGUAUCCCAGACCUAGACCCCUCCACGCCGGCCGCGCAGGUGCUGCUGACCAAUCUGGCCCGAGUCUAUGGCAACAUCUAUAGCUUCUUCGUGGGCCCCUACCUGGUGGUCGUCCUCAAUGACUUCCACAGCGUGCGCGAGGCGCUGGUGCAGCAGGCCGAGGCCUUCAGCGACCGUCCACGGAUGCCGCUGGUCUCCCGAGUGACCAAGGAGAAGGGGGUUGUAUUUGCACGUUAUGGCCCAGUCUGGAGACAACAGAGGAAGUUCUCUCAUUCAACUCUUCGUCAUUUUGGCUUAGGAAAGCUUAGCUUGGAGCCCAAGAUUAUUGAGGAGUUCAAAUAUGUGAAGGAGGAAAUGCAAAAACAUGGAGGAGACCCCUUCGAUCCUUUCCCCAUUGUCCACAAUGCCAUCUCCAAUAUCAUUUGCCUCAUGUGCUUUGGCCGGCGCUUUGAUUACACCAAUAGUGAGUUUAGGAAAAUGCUUAAUUUUGUAUCACGAGGAUUAGAAGUCUGUCUGAACAGCCAGCUCCAACUGGUCAACAUAUGUUCCUGGCUUUAUUACCUUCCCUUUGGACCAUUUAAGGAAUUCAGAGUAAUUGAAAAUGAUGUUCUCAAUUUCCUUAAAAGAAUCAUCAAAGAACAUCGAGAGUCUCUGGACGUUGAGAACCCUCGGGACUACAUAGACAUGUACCUUCUCCACGUGGAUGAAGAGAAGAAAAAUAAUAGCAAUAGUAGUUUUAAUGAAGAUUACUUACUUUAUAUCAUCAGUGAUCUCUUCAUUGCGGGGACUGAUACCACGAGUAACUCUUUGCUUUGGUGCAUUCUGUAUAUGUCACUGAACCCUGACAUACAAGAAAAGGUCCACGAGGAAAUUGAAAGGGCCAUUGGUGCUGACCGAGUCCCUUCCUUCACUGACAAGGCCCAGAUGCCCUACACAGAAGCCACCAUCAUGGAGGUGCAGAGGUUGACUAUGGUAGUGCCGCUUUCCAUUCCACAUAUGACCUCGGAGAAAACAGUGCUCCAAGGGUAUACUAUUCCUAAAGGCACAGUGAUAGUACCCAACUUGUGGGCAGUGCACAGAGAUCCAGCCAUUUGGGAGAAACCUGAUGAUUUCAACCCUAAUCGAUUUCUGGAUGAUCAAGGACAACUUAUUAAAAGAGAAACAUUUAUUCCUUUUGGGAUAGGGAAGCGGGUGUGUAUGGGAGAGCAGCUGGCAAAGAUGGAACUAUUCCUGACGUUUGUGAGCCUGAUGCAAAGUUUCACAUUCGCUUUACCUAAGGAUUCCCAGAAGCCCCUUCUGACGGGGAAAUACGGUCUAACUUUAGCCCCGCAUCCAUUUAAUAUAAUCAUUUCAAAGAGAUAAAGAACAUCUCUGAAAGGAGAUGGUGAACAGGAUGUAAAUACAUGUCUUUCUAAACACAUUCUUCUUUCUACACUUGACAGCGGAUCCAGCAAUUUAGUGGAUCCAGGGUAGGCUCAGGUUGGAGACUAAAAAGAGGGUAGAACAUAUGGAAGCUUUCAUCUCGGGGCUCCUCAGCAGGAUACUUCAGCCAUUUUAGUAACGCUUGUCUGUGAUUUAGGGAAUGGGACUAGAGGACUGGAUUGGGAAGCAGGAGAUUUGGAUUUUAUUCCCAGUGGCUUCUACCAGUGAGCAUUUCCUCUCAUCUCAGUGCCUUAGUCAUUUCAUGUGGUAACAAAACUUGCCUUCUCUCUCUCAGCACUAACGAAGGUCAAAUGCCCUAUAUCUUUCCUAGCAUCACCAAAACACUGUUAAGUUCUGAAGAACAAAUUUAGGACUAGAAGGUCUGAAACAAGUCUGUGCCACAGAUCUUAUGCCAGUUGAGGGGUGGAGUGGGGUGGGGGUUGUUCUUGUUAAUCUUUUUAUGAUUUUAGUUUUUACUUUUUGUAGACAUGGGAGGAAGUGGACCCUGGUCCAGUAAUGCUGAGGAAAGGUCAUAGUCUGAAUUUAUAUGUCUACCUUCCAUUUCAACUACAUAAGAGUCAGACUAGCUGAAGAUGUGGCUUCAUGGCAGAAUUCCUUCCUGCUGAGUUUACUUGCAAAGAUAUAGCUCUACCUUUUGACUUGAGUCCUAAAUAGUGAGCUUGGGAAUUCUGAUACUAGGAUUCCGGUUGUAGUGAAUUCUUUCCUAUUCUCCCUGCCACCAGGCCUAAUGUAUCUUAUCCUUAAACACCAUCAAAGACAGUAAGAAAUUCUUAUUUGUAUUAAAAUAACUAAAUUGUUUCUUAAUAAAGAAAGCCCCUCAAGAAGAGCAGUUCUCAAGAAAGGUAACGGUCUCUUUCAGGGGGUGUUUGGAAAUGUAUGGGUGUAUUUUUGGUUAUCACAACGAUGGGGGUGCUACUGGCCUUUUGCUGCCUUAAGGCCUGGAUGCCAAAGGUCUGAGCAAUUCUGUACAAGAACUGUCCUGCCCAGUAUGCCAGUAUUGCUCCCAGUGAGAACACAGUCCAAAGAAUGGUGAGCCUUUUCCUUUAUUUAUCCAUAGUACUCCUUCCUUACAUAGAAGUAAUCAUGAUAAUAAUAUAAACAACUCUAUUUUUUAGCUUUUCCUUCUGCUGGUACCAUAUUCAAUGCUUUACAUGUAGGCAUACAUAAUGCUUACAGAUUAUUAAGAGGAUGCCAUUUUGUAGCCGAUAAAGCCAAAGCGUAGAUGUUUAGGUACCUAGUGAAAAGGUUCAUUUCAAAUUUACCAGUCUUUGUGCCAGUCUCUCUAAACCACUUCUCUGUACUGCCACCACUUGAUCCCUAGCAGUUUACCCCUCUGCAUUUUCAAUAUGGACAAAUGAAACACAGGCUAAUCUUUAGGUGCCUCGAGGAUUUUUUCUUAAUUAAAAAAGAAAACACAACUAAUAAAUGAAGUGCCCAGGAACAAACUGUAAGUAGAUGGAGAGGCUGUGGUAUGGAUUUUAGAUAAGAUACAUGUGUGGAUUAAAGUGCACCUUGAGCAGGACAGUUUGUUCCUGAUCUGGAAUUUUUUAGGCUUUUGAAUUGCACUAGUAAUUUGGGAUUAACAAGUUUAUUACUCCUUAAUUUUAUACAUGCUUAAUUUCAACUUUCCUAACAAAACAGUUCAUAGCUUACUUGAGGGGAAAAAGUGUUUUAUGUGUGAGUAUGUUGAAAUCAGAUGUUUAUUAAACUCUUAAAUAUAAUAUCUCACAGUGUAGCACUUUAAAAACAGCUUUAUAUGGCUAGUCACCAAAAAGGCAAGUAAUGCUUUCCUUGCACAUGUUGACAUUUUAUGAUUUUAUACUUUAUGAUUUGUUGAAAUGUAAAAACUGUAGUACUUUGUUUUAUAAAUUUUCCUAAUAUCUAAUUUUUAGUCUUCAUCUUUAGCAUAAUUUUUAUGCUUUUAUUAAACAUUUUAGUUUCGCUUU